AGUUUAGCAAGCACAAGAACUUCAUAUCUUUUUACACAAAAGGCUAUCUAAUUGUGGCAGAUGCUUCCUUUGCACAGGCUGUGCACACCAAUGAGAGCACAAAGGGUUAAGCAGACCUACUCUUGCAACGUGACUUUUAAAGGCAGACUGCCCAUCCAAUGGCAUGCAAAGACUUGUAGAUGUGGAUUUUUAGGCUGUGGAAUUCAGAGAGGUGCCUCACCAUUACUGCAGUGCUCUGGAUCUCCAUCUGACCUCAUCACACAGUCACUUUCUUUGGGGUGUGUGGAUUUGUUUUGCCUUUUUCUUCCUCUCAGGACUGGGACUUGAUCCGGUAUCAGCAGAUGCUGUUUGUUUAACUACCUGGAUACUCGUCACUCAUACUGAACCGCAGAAACUCUACCUGCAGCCAUCAUGUCAGGUCCAGAUUCAGAUGCUCCCCCAAACGGCAGACUGAAUUUAGAAUACCAUGAUGAGGAUACCCAGGCGGCGUUUGACAAGGCAGAAAAGAACAGCGAUGGAAAGAAAGAGAAGAAGCCUCCAAUGGACUCGGCAAUUCAGAAAGAAAGUGACGACUACUCACCUGUCAUUGGGAUCAACGUGAACUUCUUGCCAAAAGUGAAAGGCAAUGGAAAGCAACCAGUCCUUGACCCCUCUCAGAUUUAUGACAGAGACAGAAUCUUUAAUGCUGUAGCUAACGCUGAUACCCAGGAUCUGACUGGACUUCAGGACUAUCUACACAAAACAAUGAAGCGAUUGACAAAUACUGAAUUUAAAGAUCCAGACACAGGGAAGACAUGUCUGCUGAAGGCCAUGUGGAAUCUAAAGGACGGAAUGAAUGACACAAUUCCGAUACUGCUGGAAGCUGCAGAAAAAGGAGGUUAUCAAAAAGAGUUUGUGGAUGCAGCAUAUACAAAUGACUAUUACCGCGGCCAGACUGCUCUGCACAUUGCUAUAGAGAAGAGAAACAUGCAUUUGGUGCAGCUUCUGCUAAAGAGAGGCGCUGACUUACGUUCAAUGGCUGAAGGAGACUUUUUCCAGAAGAAGAAGAAGGGAGUUAGUUUUUAUUUUGGGGAGCUCCCUCUCUCUCUGGCCGCCUGCACAAACCAGCUCAACAUGGUGAAUUACCUUCUGGACAACCCAUACAGAAGGGCUGACCUUGCUGCCAGGGAUAGCCAUGGGAACACCGUCCUGCAUGCUUUGGUCUUUGUGGCUGAUGAUACAGAGGAAAACACUGAAAUUGUUACAAGAAUGUAUGAUGAGAUCUUGAAGAAAUCUGUGAAAAUUGAUCCUAAACUUAAAAUUGAGGAAAUUACCAAUUGGGAGGGUCUAACUCCUCUGAAACUGGCAGCAAAAACAGGUAAAAUUGAGUUGUUCAAACACAUCCUUCGGCGGGAGGUCACUGAGCCAGAGUACAAGCACUUGUCUCGGAAGUUCACGGAAUGGACUUAUGGCCCCGUGCACACGUCACUUUAUGACCUUUCAUCUGUGGACACACAUGAAGCGGAUUCAGUCUUGGAAACCAUUGUUUUCAAAAGCAAUGCCAAUAAUCGGCAUAAGAUGGUGGUAUUGGAGCCCAUCAACACUUUGCUGGAGGAAAAAUGGGAAAAAUUUGCAGGAAAAAUAUUUUAUAUCAAGUUUCUCUUAUACAUUCUUUACAUGAUAAUAUUCACAGUGACUGCGUACCAUAGGCCGCUCCAAGGACAGCCUCCUUUUCCCUUGGAAGGAACAGCUAAAAGUAACCUGCGUGUCACUGGAGAAAUAAUCAUGAUGUUUGGAGCAAUUUAUAUCCUAAUAUGCCAGAUUAUUUACUUCUGGAAGCGGCGACCUUCCCUACAGAUUUUAAUGAUGGACGGUUACUUUGAGAUACUCUUUUUUUUGCAGGCGCUUAUAUUACUGUUCAGUGGUGCCACUUACCUGGGAGGAAGUGAAGUGUACGUACCCCUAAUGGUGUUCUCGUUGGUGAUUGGCUGGGUGAAUAUGCUGUACUAUACCCGCGGCUUUCAGCAGACAGGAAUCUACAGCGUCAUGAUCCAGAAGACCAUCCUGAGAGACAUGCUCCGCUUCCUCUUUGUGUACCUGGUCUUCCUCUUUGGCUUUGCAGCAGCUCUGGUGACCCUGACAGGGGAAGCCCCCCAGGAAGCAGCAAAUGGAACGGAGCCGAGCGAGGCAGGCUCAUCCUAUGGAGGGCUUUAUAUCACAUCUCUGGAACUCUUUAAAUUUACCAUUGGUAUGGGAGACCUGGAAUUCAACGAAAACUUGAAAUUCAAGCAUUUCUUUAUGUUCCUGCUGAUCCUUUAUGUGAUCUUGACCUACAUCCUCCUGCUGAACAUGCUCAUUGCACUGAUGAGCGAAACAGUCAGUAAGAUUUCCAGUGAGAGCAAAAGUAUCUGGAAACUUCAGAGAGCAGCCACAAUUCUGGAUAUUGAGAGGUUUAUUCCUCGGUUCCUUAGAAAGAAGCUGAAAACUGGACAAUGGUUGACUGUGGGAAAAACUACCGAUGGAAAUCCUGAUAAGAGAUGGUGCUUCAGAGUAGAGGAAAUGGCCUGGGGAUCGUGGGAGAAGAACCUCGCCCACAUAAAUGAGGAGCCGGGUGACACAGAGAAGGGGAAGCUCAGCUCAUCUAAGAAAACUCCAGGAUGGAGCCAGUUGGUUGCCAAAGCUCGAGAAAAAUCAAAGGAAGAAGAAGAAAUGCCCCUUAAUACGGUGGCCACCAGCACUCCGGAGGUGUAGAAGCCAGCAAUGACAAUGGCCUGAUCCAAGUAAUAUGGUGUCAAGGAUUCUCUCUUUUUACUGCCUACCCAGAGACUACAGUGUAUAAUGAAACACUGAGUUCCAGUGGUUUAAGGAACAAGGACAUUCCUGUUUAUUUUUCUCUUUACCAAAAUAAAGAUAUGUCUUUAUUCCAUGACAUUUAACUGGAAGCUUUAGUACUGAUAAGGGAAAGAAAUGUAUUAAAAAAAUCUGGAAUGGUAUAUUGUCAAGCUUUGUUUCAGCUCUUCCAAGAGGAGACGCUCAGUUAUUAAAGCCCCAAAUAUAAGUGCAAAAGUGCAAUGAAAAAUCUGCCAUAAGGUGCAGAGCACAACACUGCCCCGUGUAAGGCAACUCUGUACUUAGCAUUUACUAUAGAUGGUCUGAAGGAUUUGUAAAUGCCAGUAUCUAUGAUGGCUACCUGUUUAGUGCUGAGGCCGGCUACAUCUUUAAAGCUGCUGUAAACUUUGUUGCAAAUAUUCUUUUAAGGGUAUUCACAGAUUUGCUUGUCCUGAUCCUUAAGGGGCUAUAAUCCUCAGUCUGGAUGACUUUACUAAGGGGGUUAAUUAUUAAAGUCCAAAUGCCAAAAACUCAAAAAAAAUCUGAUUUUUUUUGUGAUUUAUUAUACCCAAAGAUGGAAAAAGUCUGAA